UUUAAAUAUUGCAACAUUGUUCCAUCUUUUUUCGAGAAUCAAAUAAGUGUGACGAGCGAAAUUUUGUGAUUUUUUGAGUUAAAUAAACCAAAAUAUGUCUACACUUGCUGCACCUUUAUCCGUUGCCGGGACUAGAUUCUCGGGGGCACCGGUCCGAACUCAAAAUGUGAUGGCAGCUGCUGCUAUAGCCAACAUUGUAAAGAGUUCACUGGGCCCUGUAGGACUGGACAAGAUGUUGGUGGAUGAUAUUGGAGAUGUUACUGUAACAAAUGAUGGUGCUACUAUUUUAAAAAUGCUGGAGGUUGAGCAUCCAGCGGCGAAAGUGUUGGUGGAAUUGGCUCAGCUACAGGACGAAGAAGUUGGAGAUGGCACCACCACUGUUGUCAUAAUUGCUGCUGAAUUGCUCAAGAAUGCAGAUGAAUUAGUAAAGAACAAGAUCCAUCCUACCAGUGUGAUCUCCGGCUACAGGCUGGCUUGCAAGGAGGCUGUUAAGUACAUUCAGGACAACCUGACUGUCAGUGUGGAAUCACUUGGUCGUGCUUCCAUUGUCAAUGUUGCCAAAACUACAAUGUCUUCAAAGCUUAUUGGAGCUGAUGCAGAUUUCUUCUCUGAGAUGGUUGUUGAUGCAGCAAUGGCGAUUAAGACAACAGAUGCCAAAGGCAAUGCAAUCUACCCAAUCAAAGCUGUGAAUGUCCUCAAAGCGCACGGUCGGAGCGCGCGGGAGAGUGUUCUUGUGAAAGGUUACGCUCUCAACUGUACCGUUGCCUCACAGGCUAUGCCUAAGAAGAUUGUUAACGCUAAGAUUGCUUGCCUUGAUUUCUCUUUACAGAAGACUAAGAUGAAGCUUGGUGUUCAGGUACUGGUCACAGACCCUGAAAAAUUAGACGCGAUCCGUGCCCGCGAGUUAGACAUCACAAAAGAGCGUUUGAACAAGAUCUUAAGCACAGGAGUUAACGUCAUCCUCUGUACUGGUGGUAUUGAUGACCUUUGCCUCAAGUACUUUGUGGAGGCUGGAGCUAUGGGAGUGAGACGUUGUAAGAAGUCUGAUUUGAAGAGAAUCGCCAAAGCUACCGGCGCUGCCUAUCUUACCUCAUUAACUAAUAUGGAAGGUGAAGAAGUAUUUGAGCCGAGCAUGAUUGGUGAAGCUGCUGAAGUGGUUCAGGAGGAAAUAUGUGAUGACCAGCUCAUUCUUAUCAAGGGUCCAGCAAGUCGCACAGCAGCUUCGAUCAUCCUCCGCGGCCCCACAGACGCGUACUGCGAUGAGAUGGAGCGCUCAGCUCAUGACGCGUUAUGUGCGGUGCGUCGUGUGCUUGAGUCGGGCCGUGUGCUGGCCGGCGGCGGUGCAGUUGAUGCUGCACUCUCUAUAUAUCUGGACAACUUUGCGACCACACUUAGUUCUCGUGAGCAACUGGCUAUCGCAGCUUUCGCGCAGUCGCUACUGGUCAUCCCCAAGACGUUGGCGGUGAACGCGGCGCGCGAUGCCACAGACCUCGUUGCCAAGCUUAGAGCGUACCACAACUCCUCUCAAACAAAGGUCGAGCACGCAAACUUGAAGUAUGUAGGCCUGGACUUAACAGAGGGCACACUCCGUGACAACUUAGCAGCCGGAGUAAUAGAGCCUGCGAUAUCUAAGGUCAAAUCUCUUAAAUUCGCAACCGAAGCGGCCAUUACGAUCCUACGUAUCGAUGACCUGAUCAAAUUGGACCCAGAACAGAAGGGUAAGAGUUACGAAGACGCUUGUAAUGCCGGGGAGCUGGAUUAAAUGGUGACCAGUCUAAGUUGGCCUGUGUUUGUUCGGAAUGAACUCUUUCAUUUAGUGCUUAACGCUUUUCUUACAGUGAAUUUUAGUUCUUUUGUAUUGUUAAAACACACGCACGUCACAAAUUUCAUAUAUUUUUGUACAAAAAGUUUGAUGUUAAAAAAACUUCCAUAGUCUAUGUGCAUACUUUAUGGUUCUGUGACAGAACAUUUGUCUAUGGUUUUAAGAGACAAUUGUACUGAGGUUUUAAUAAUAUUAAAAUUGUGUCUUAUUACUCAAGGUGAAUUUAAGUUUUCUGGUAAACUGGAUACUAUUUUCUUUCUAUUCUUGCUGUUUUGUAUGUUAAAUAUAUGUUUGUAUUGUGAGUUUCUUGAAAUGUAAAAGUACUUUGAAGUUCUAUUUCUCCAUAAAUAAUGUAAGAAGCUCCAUGCAUUUACUUUAUUAUUGUUGUCAAUGAUAUAACAAACAUGUUAACAAAAAAAAACUAACAACUAUUAUUUAAAGAAAUAUAACUUCGAAAGAAACUGUUCUCAAAGCCUGAAAUAAAAUAAAAUAUUACAUUUGCGCCCUUAACCUAUGAAUAUACGGUUAAUAUUUGAUCAAUAGGUAUGGUAUACUUACCCUGAGGGUCUAAAACCUACAUUAAGUUUAGGGGUGUCUAGGCCUCAGUCAACUACGCUGCCAGUUUGAAAAGAAACAAUGGAGAGAUUAAAAAAAUAUUAGUAAUUUUUGCAAACAUUUUUAACAUGCAUUACAUCCACCGUCAUUCAAUCACCCCUUUGUAACACAUUUCAUAACUGAUUCCAGGAAAUGAUAGAGAAGAUUACUAACCAGAGGAAAAUAUGGAAAAGAAUUGAUGUUACAACUUUUAAAGCUCGGUGUUAGACUAUUUAGACAUUUUAAUAAUAGAAUUAGGAUAUAUGUAAUGCCAUCCAUUUACGUUAUAAUUCACACCAGUGAUAAUUUUUUUUUCGUCUAAUCUGUCUGAGGAUAAGUAAAACAUGAGAAAUCAAUGAAAAGUAAUUUGGGCUAUGAGAACAAAUCAGGCAGUAUUUUAUUUCGUAAUAAAAGUUUUAAUUUUUAAAAUGUAAAGACGAAUUGUUAAGGAGUAAAAUUCCACUUGAGAAGUUAUAAAUUAUUGUAACCCUUAGGUUUCUUUGCUUUUAACAUAAAAUACUAGACUGUAUUGUAACUCGCUAGGACGCUGUGCCGUCGAUAUUGAUAAUAAAAUAAACUAUAAUACUAAACA